GCAGGUCCUCUACACGAAUAUAAUUCUUCCUGUCGUUUGCAGACACGGACAGAAAUGUCGGUGUCGCCUGUGGCCAGCUUCAAGGAUGAAUCAUUGAAACAUGGAAAAUUCGAGGACUUAAUUCGAAAUGACCGACGCGUUCCGCUCAUGAUGCGAAACGGACAACGUAUCACCGGGCCCCCAACAAAUUGGCAAGGACCAUUACCCAGUAAAGGAUCAGAGGUGUUCAUAGGAAAACUGCCUCUCGACGUUACUGAAAUUGAAUUGUUGCAAUUUUUGGAAAAGGUUGGUACAGUAUAUCAGUUUCGUCUCAUGAUCGACUCUCGAGGACAUAACAAAGGAUUUGGGUUUGUCACCUACGCCGACCCGGCCACCGCCCAACGAGCCGUUAAGGAAUUGGACCAGUCAUAUCUACGAGAACAUAAGCGGAUCGCGGUCGUUUUAUCUAUUGAUAACCGAAGACUUUUCUUUGGCGGACUGCCACCAUUGGCAAGUGCCGAGGAUAUACUCAAUGAGGUGACGGUUCGAGUGAAGAACGUAACCAAUGUGAUACUUUAUUCGUGCGCAAAUGACCGGGCCAGAAACCGUGGUUUUGCAUUUGUAGAAUUUACAGAUCAUAUGUCGGCAGCAAUUGCUCGUAAGGAACUACAGCAAGAAGAAAAAAGCCGGAUGUUUAUGGAUAUGAAUGAGCAUGGACAUAAGAUACAGGUGGACUGGGCUGUUCCGGAACCACAAGUGGACGCCGAGCAAAUGGCGAACGUAACGAAUUUGUUUGUUCGCAAUGUAUCCGUCAACGUCUCCGAGCAUCAGCUAUUGAAGCUUUUCUCCCUCGACGAAACUGUGGAAGUCACUCGCGUACGACGCCCGUCUAACUAUGCCUUCAUCCACUUCGCCCGACGAGAGGACGCCGAAUGUGCCAUGAAAAAACUUGACGGCUUCAAAUUGGACGGAUUGAAUCUCGAAGUGGAAUGGGCUAAGCCGCCGCCUAAAAAAGAUCGCUAUAAUUACGAAAGCGAAAAUCGGUACCAUGGCCAACCUCAUAGGACGCUAGGCCGUAAAGGCAAGUCGCACACGUUGCUUCCGAGACAAAAAAUACGUCAUCCAGUAGCAGACCAGCCGAUGGCAUACCCUGGGCAGGCCCUUUUACCGGCUUCACCAACGUACGUUCUGCCAGCGCCGAUCGCGUCAAAACCUGAUCAUAUGAAAGAGGUAGAUGCUUUGGCCCUUCAAUUAUUCGGCUGCACGCCGAAGUACGAAACGUUAACGUGUCCCAUGGAAGACGGACGUAAACAAUAUUAUCCUUGUGUAAUCCUUGCUGGACAAAGAGAGGUGGUAAACGUCGUGUACGGUGAUCGUGAGUCAGCCUUGGAUGCCGCGGCCGCGCAUUGCCUUGCCAGAUUACAAGCGACAUUUCAGGUAUCCAACAUGACCCGAGUAUCACUUGCUGCUCGUCCUCUUGAUGGCCUCGCUCUAACUGGCGUCCAAGCUUCCUUACAGGCUAUUCAUCUCAAUGACGGUGCCAUUCAUACUCCAAUGAUGGGUUUUGUUCCGCCCGACCACGUGCCCGUCCGUCUUGCGCAACUCCAGGCGAUUCCCAGGUUUUUUUCGGGCAUGCCGUGUCCUAUCAUAGGUGGACCUAGCUAUCAUCAUUAUAAUACGAUGGGCUAGAAGAUGCUGCCGACCAGAACAUUCAAGCCGAUCAGGAAAGCGAACCGUAAAACCUGCAGCCAAGCUCAAUUAUUGGGGUGGUUUAGGCCGGCUGGGAAGUUAUGAUGAGUUUACCAUCAAUGCAGAUCUUAUAUGAGGUAUAGUAACACGCAUUCAGUGUCGUUAUUGCUCGCAAAAGGCUUCACUUCAAUGAAAUCCCAAACUGAAGACCAGAGUAGUACUUAAAAUUGCUAAAUAGUAUUGUGUGAUGUGAAGAUGAGCUUGCACAAACGUAUGGGUCCACAUCCUGAACAUAAAUGAUAGGUGACGCUCUAAGUCUCAGAUGUCGAUCGUAUUAGGUAUCCAUGAAGUACGAUUAUAUAUAUACAGAACGGCUAACAUAUUUUUUAGCUGGUAGGAAAAAUAGAAUAUCUUCAAAUUGAUAAGCGCCAUCAUGCAGAUAUGUGUACCAUAUCGACCACAUCUGACAUGUAUUUGUUUGUAUAAUAGUUAUCUUAAACGGUAUGUCUCGUGAGGCUGCUGCCUACAAAAUUCUAAAUAUCGAUGCUACAAAACUGACCAAAAACUUCAACAACAAUGUAUCACGUCUUAUCGUUGUACGAUUGUGGGAUUUCGGUUUUUGUCGAACGCUCACCUCUCCAUACACGUGCUAUAUCGAUAGAAGAUACACAGAAUAGUUUCGAAAAGGAUAAGAUACCUAUUAUUGAUCAUUUGUUAAUUAUUCAGUCAUUUUCGCAUACUAUGGAUUGGGUAGGCAUCUACCUGAAAGCAGAAAACUGCCGUACAGUUCUGUGACUUUAUUUGGUAGACUACGGUGAACAUUGCUAAUGGUUAGUGAGAGUCUUACACGAAAGAAAAAGCUAUCCAUCACGUUACAAAAUACGCUUAGGUUUAAAAUGGCCUAAUUGAUCAGUCUCGCAGCCUAACCCCUAUACUCCACAUUUUGAGUGUAGAGUUAUAGAAGAAAUUCAGCUGUCCUAGUAACCGUUACUUUAGAAGCGCCUACUUUUCAUUUAGUCGACGAAUCACAUCGGAAAUCAUCUCUGGACCAAGAAUUAUAGUCAUCUAACAAUCGGUAAAUAUUUCAAGUGUUUGUAUUUGUUUGUACCAUUGAUUUGUGUCGAGGUUCAUAUGGAGAUGUGGGGAGUCCGGGAACGUUUCCAGCUGAAAUUUCAACCCUCUGUAAAUACUGAGUAAAAGUUAACGACGUUAAAAAAAUGCUGAAUUUUCUUCUAUUAUACAAAUAGCAGGAGUGUUCAAAUUCACCUCUCCCAUGUCAAUGAUGUAGUAUGAUAGUUAGCACGAAGUUUCGUAUUUGUUAACAAUAACGUCGAUAGACUUAGGCCUAUGUGACCGCUCGGUCAAUUAUUUCGCUCCUGCCUAAUGGCUACAGAAAAAAAAAGUAUUGAGAUGGUUUCGGGCAGAUCUGCUUGAUCCCCAGCCUAGAAACUAUGCGAUAUUCUUCUAAGUAAGGUCAUCACUAAAUGUUUGCCCAUAAGCCUUCUAGCUAUUCAGGACGCUUAAUCUUGAAUGAGCUUCGGUGAUCUACAACCAUCUAAUCAAAUGUCUUAAACCCACCGUAAUCUAAAGUUUUUACUAGUAUUUUACAAUAUAUAGGCUUUCUUUCAAUGAAUACACGUUCACCUAAGGUAAAAUAGUGUUUUUUUUUUUAACCACACUUGAACUAAAUAAGGUAUUAUAAUUAUUUGAUCAAUAAAAGAACUUUUAUGAUGAUAAAAGUUCUUAAACUAUUAGAUAAUAGUCUGGUUAGCAAGAUACAGAUUGGGAGUAUCAAAAAUCAUUUAUAAAACACUCUUACCUCAACGAUGCCCAGCUUCGUACAUAAUCUGUUAUUCUGGUUUUGCCGUGACGGUAAAACAAUUUGAAUUUCUCUUGUCCGUAUCAAUGGCAAUCUAGUGUCACAUGUAGCCUCUACUAAUGUAUGGUAUGAUAAUAGAUAUUUAGGAACUACUAUAUACAGUAGAGCCAUGCAAUGAUAGGCAGGCCCGUCAAUGAUAUGAUAUAAUGAAAAAUGUCUUCACAUAUCAUUUUCUCACUUUGACAUUGCUUAUUAGCUUAUGUUCUGUACGCCAUUGUAUGCUGUUACCAUCACAGACGGCUCUUAAUCAGCGAGAGAAAACUCUAAUGCUACUAUUGUUAUUGUUAUCAUUAGUGCUAUCAUUAGAAAGACGUAAAAUGAAGAUAAAUAAAAUAAGCUUAACGAAAUACAUACGAUUCACUGAGCACUGGCGUCUAGAAUGCUUGAAAAGAAGAUGGACUUUUUCACACUGGCAGCUAAACCUUCUCCGUGCAUAUGUAUGUGACUGCGUGCAUGUUCAAAAAGGCUAAUGUAAACGAUCAUCAGCAAAUUAUCAAUGAUUAAACAAUGCUCAUAGAAACAGUACGUAGAAGGCUCGUCAACAGCUACGGAUUCCUCAAAAGAGUCCUUUCGACACUACAGUUUACCUAACAACAAUCAAUUGAAGGAAAGUCGGGAUGGGCAAAAGAUCGGGGUUUAGGUAAAAAAAAUUGCGUAAUUUUCUUUGUUCGCUGAAUAGCUCCAGUACAUGUGUCUUAGCAAAAAACUUUUUUUUUUUUUAAGUUUCACUUGGAACAAAAAUCUAGACUUAGAAUAAUCUAGAUCCAAAUAAAGAUUCGAAUCACAUACAUAUACAUCCACACGUACAUACACAUACAAUUAACUGUUGCGCGGGGGAUAAUCGAAAACAAUGAACCUUUUUUAUGAAAUUUUUAUACAAAUCAUACUUUAUCUAUAGUGGAAAUAUAAGAUGAACCGUCAAAAAUGUUUGUUGUUUUAAAGGUAUUUAGAAAAUGAAAAUUAGCCCAUGAAAGCUAUUUAAACAAUAUAAGUUUUCCCUAUUUUGUACGAUUUCCUUUUAAUAAACGAAACAAAAAACAACAACCAUAUGUACAGAAUAAAGGA